CUUAAGAGAUGAUCUUGUUGACGCAGUUAAGUCAAUGAACGAAACUCUCGCAGAAAAUAAGCAAAAAAUAGAAAUUGUUUAUCAAGAAGUGUGUCACGUUAAAAGGCAACUUUUAGAAAUCACAAACUUCAUCCAAGCGCAACAACUUGAUUUUCAACAAAAAUCACGAGCAUUGUUGUAG